AUUGCGCGCGAGCUCACCGGUCUUUUUGGGAGUUACAGCGCGUGAUUUCACCUGUUCUCGCCUCUGUCGUGGGCGCGCAUCAUUUUUUUGGCUCCGCCCACUCACAGCUGUUCGAGGUUGCCCUGCGGUCACAGUGGCCCGGCUCCUCCGGCCUCAAAUCCAACUAUUUAUUAUCCGCGCUGUGGGGAAGCGCCGAUGCCAACUGGAGUGGCCGCUGACUCUUUGACUCUGCCUAACAGCCGCCGGAUUUCAACCGCAGAGGCCGACUCUCCGGACUGUCGGACUGGCUCGGGCCGAGCGAGGAGACCGUCUCUGGGCCAAGUUCCAUAGUGGAGGGGGGAAGCGAUGUGGUCCCUUCUUUCCACGCUGACCGUCUUAUGUAUCCAGAUGUUGCUGGUGAUGUGCAAUCCAUUACAGGUACUCGGUGUGGAUGGAGUCAACUUCAGCGUGCAUGUGGAGAACCAGACGCAGGUGCGAGACACCAUGAGUCGACGACACCAUCGGGUUUACCAGCUCUACAGUCGCACCAGCGGCAAACACGUCCAAGUGAUGGGACGCCGAAUCAGUGCCCGUGGAGAAGAUGGGGACAAAUAUGCCCAGCUCGUAGUGGAGGCAGACACCUUUGGUAGUCAGGUGAGAAUCCGGGGCAAAGAAACCAACUACUACCUGUGCAUGAACCGCAGGGGAAAGCUGGUAGGAAAGAAGGCCAGCAACAGAAGCGCCGACUGCGUCUUUGUGGAAAAGGUCCUGGAAAACCACUACACCGCUCUAAUGUCGGCACGCUACGCGGGGUGGUAUGUGGGCUUCACGAAACGAGGGCGCCCUCGCCGCGGACCCCACACUCUCCCCAAUCAGCAGGAUGUACACUUCAUGAAGCGUUUCCCGCCAGGGGAGCAACCCGACCUCACCACGCCGUUCCGCUUUACCACCAUCGGCAAGAGAGGCAAGAGAGUGCGUACUACUGGACCGCGCUAGCGGCCUACGCUCAAACCAAAAAGCGUUCCUCUGAACAACUCGCUUUGCUGGGACAAACAUUGAGCAGAAACUCGACUUUACGCCAACUAUUUUGCCACUACAGCCCCAUUGUUGUAGAUCUUUUUUUUUUUUACCCGGGACCGACCGGACUCUUGGUGGUCCAUCACUGGAAGCGAUACGGACUCGGUCUGCUUCACUUCACAGACCGGAACUAUUGACAGAAUACCUGAAGGGCGGCCAAAAGAGGCUCCGCAAAGGUUCCACAUCCACACACAAAAAAAAAAACACAUGGCCGUUUUACAUCUCCUGCUGUGGACCAGCUGGACAGUAUCGAGACUGGAAUUACAACUGGACCAUACGGAGAGAGGACAAAGGUGGAAAGGGGUUAGUGAAUACUCCGUCUUAAGGGGAAAAGACGGCAAUGCAGAUUUAUCUGCACAGAUAAAGGACCAAUGUUGACAUGCGACGAUGCACUUACUCCUCUCACUGCUUAGUUGCUGGGAAGUUUUGAGAGCAAUUGGCGGAUGGGGGGACUCACAUAAUACAUGCAUGUCUGUAACGGGGGGAAAAAAACGAUUGUGUGUUUGUGUGAGUGCAUCGACAAGCAUGAAGGAAGCUAACUCCAACAACAUGGACCGAAGCUUUAGGAACUGGAAUGUGUAAAACAAAAGUAUGGAGCUAAAUUAAAGCCAAAAGUAUUGUAAUAUGAAAACAAGAUUGCAAAACAAAGAAGGUCAAAACUGAAAGUUGAAGGUUUCUUCUUUAAAACAUAAAAACACAAAUCAGUGGUACCUCGACAUUCUAAUUUCAUUCGUUCCAGGACCUGGUUUGCAUUUCAAAAUUGAGGUGGAUUUCUCCAUAAGAAUUGAAGGAAUCUGACCCUCUAGCCAGGAAUCGCGCCAGCCGACAAUCCGGCCAGAAGGCCAAACUCUAGGGCUGCAGCUAUCGAUUAUUUUAGUAGUCAAUUAAUCGUUGAACUAUUUAGUUCAAAUAAUCGAGCAAUCGGAUAAGGAGCAUAAAACAUUAAAAUACCUGAGCUGAGCUUCAAACUGUAUAAAAAAAUUGAAUAAAUGUACAACAAAAGAACAAUUGGCUAACUUACAUAACAAAAUUCCGUUAGCUCAAAUGCUAUAAAAUGCUAACUUUUUUUUAACAAUGCUCUUAACAAAUGGUUCAGAUACAUAUUCCCACAAAAAAACAGCUAAAUAUACCUAUAAACUAAAAUACGAAUGCAUUAAAAAAAAAAAAAACUUUAGCGCAAACAAAAACUUAUCUUAGGUUGGUCUUAACAGGGAGCAGCUGGAUUCAGCCAUGUAAAAUUAGGCAGACUAGAGGGCAGUGUGUCCACCCAAAUCAAUCAAGCUAAAUGCAAACACUUUCAAAAUAAACCACUAGAACACCACAUUAAUUAAAUGAAUACUCGAAGCAGUAAAAUUUAAUUUGAAUCUUUUUUUCUAAUCGAAUACUCGAGUUAAUCAAUAAGAAUAAUCUUAACCCUUUGAACUAUUUUGAAAGGUUUUAAGAAGGCUCACCGAAAACAACUUUACAAUUCAUUCAGGUCGACAGCAAACAAAACGGCAAGGCGAAACAGAAACACUCAGGCGGGGAGGCAAGGUCACCCUAUAACAUGUCAACAAAAGGUUCCCGAGAAAAAAUGACACGGAUUAGUUAAACAUUCAGUCUUUUGAAGGCUUUCGCUGGGCAGGCCGUGGGCAAGAAGAAGGGUGUGUUUGGUAUUAUUGUCUGUUUGUGGAUUGGACAGGAGGAUUUGGGAGUUACUGUUGUCUGGGCAAUGAGUUGUGUAGUAGGGUUGUGGAUUUUGCCACCUCAGGAGAGACAGCAAGAACCAAAAGUGGUAUUUGCCAUGUGGCAAAAUGGAUGUUGCCAUGUGGCUUUUUUUGCCAUGUGACAAAAUGGAUUUUGCCAUUUGGCGUUUUUAUUGCCAUAUUGCAAAAUGGAUUUUGCCAUUUGGCGUUUUUUAUUGCCAUAUUGCAAAAUGGAUUUUGCCAUUUAGCGUUUUUUAUUGCCAUAUUGCAAAAUGGAUUUUGCCUUUUUUUUUUUUUUUUUUGCCAUGUGGUCAAAUGGAUUUUGCCAUGUGGCUUUUUUGCCAUGUGACAAAAUGGAUUUUGCCAUCUGGCAAUUUUUAUUGCCAUGUGGGAAAAUUGAUUUUGCCAUUAGUCCUUAUUUUUCUUUUUUUUUUUUUUUUUUUUUUUUUAGCCAUGUGGCGUUUUUUGCCAUGUGGCAUUUUUUAUUGUCAUGUGGCAAAAUGGAUUUUGCCAUUAGUCUUUUUUUCCCCUCUUUUUCUAAGCCAUGUGGCAUUUUUUGCCAUGUGGCAAAAUGGAUUUUAGUUUGUGGCAUUUUUUUUGUUUUGGUCAUGUGGCAAAAAAAAAAAAAAAAAUGGAUUUGCUAUGUGGCAUUUUUUUGCCACAUGGUGAGAAAAAAAAUGUCACAAACUAAAAUCCAUUUAGUUUUGACAGCAAUCAAAACGGCAAGGCGAAACAGAAACACUCAGGCGUGGAGGCAAGGUCACCCUAUCACACAUCAACAAAAGGUUCCCGAAAAAAAAUGACCACGAUUAGUUAAACAUUUAGUCUUUGGAAGGCUUUCACGGGGCAGGACGUGGGCGGGAAGAAGGGUGUGUUUGGGAAUAUUGUCUUUUUGUGGAUUGGACAGGAGGAUUCGGGAGUUACUGUUGUCCGGGCAACUAGGGUUGUGGAUAUUGCCACCUCAGCGUCAAAGGGGCUCUUAUAGUCUUGUCACAACUUGUUAUCAGUUGGAUAUCGGGUGUUCUCCGGUGUUCCUUGUGUUGACACCAGCCCAAAAAUGUGCAAUGAAGUAGAACAAAAAAAACAUAUAAGUCUGUAGGCGGGGUUUGACUUUUGUAGGAGGUGGGAGGGGGCAAAACAUGUUGAUGACCCCAAAACGAAGUGUCAGCAAUGAAGUUAACUUACAAUAUAUGUACUCUACAUAAGGUCCGUGUACCUUUUAGCCAUUCGUUUUUCCUUGAAAUUCUGGAAAACAAAAAAACGAAAAUGAGCCCAAUUUUAGCUUUUAAGUGUGUUAGCAAAAAACUAGAAAUGAAUUGUUUCCCGUUUAAAAAGUGGUAAUUCAAUAACAGAAAACAAGCUAAGGCUCGUUUUCUGUUACUGAAUUACCAGUUUUUCCAAUUAUUUUACCGUUUUUUAAUUGCUUUUUUUAAUUACUUUAAAUACGUUUUUAAUUUUGAAUGGCUGUUUUUUUCAAUGUCAGUUUAUUGAACUGAAGUUGAAAAACAAAAUAUGCGCAAUAUUUGUUUUCGUAAUAUUAAUUUAUAAGAAUUCAUUAAGCCAACACUGUGUAUCGUUUCAUUUUUGUUCGAUUUUAGUGACACUGGUGGACAAUAGCGGUGGUGUCUUGCCUUAAGCAAGACCACAUUUCCCAUGAGGACCAGUGCACACCCGCACAGUGUCGUAAAAUCAUGAUCUGCAGAUGUAUUAAACGACAUUUAUGUUUCCAGCAGCUGUGUUAAGGAUGAAUAGUAAUAAGGUAAUGAAUCCAGUUGUGACUAAACAGUAGCAUAUGAUGGUUAGCAACCGUGUGGCUAAGGAACAUCCUUUGGAGAUUUGGCCACAAAUCCCCAAAUCACCAUAACUAAGUUUGUUUCAGUUUGAAACUGGAAAAAAGAAAAGAUCUGAAAGUGGGGAAAAACAUAUAUAUUAGGGCUGUCAAACAAUUAACAUUUUUAACCGAGUUAAUCACAGCUUAAAAAUUUAUUAAUUGUAAUUAAUUGCAAUUUAAACCAUCUAUAAAAUAUGCCAUAUUUUUAUGUAAAUUAUUGUUGUAACGGAAAGAAAAGACACAAGACGGUUAUAUACAUUCAACAUACUGUACAUAAGUACUGUAUUUGUUUAUUAUAACAAUAAAUCAACAAGAUGGCAUUAACAUUAUUAACAUUGUGUUAAAACGAUCCAUGGAUAGAAAGACUUGUAGUUCUUAAAAGAUAAAUGUUAGUACAAGUUGUAGAAAUGUUAUAUUAAAACCCCUCUUAAUGUUUUUGUUUUAAUAAAAUUUGUACAAUUUUCAAACAAAAAAUAAACUAGUAGCUCGCCAUUGUUGAUGUCAAUAUUUACACAAUGCUCAUGGUGCUGAAACCUAUAAAAUCAGUCGCACCCAAGCGCCAGCAGAGGGCGACAAAACACCAUUUAACACAAGUAACAAAUGGACAUGACACUGCUGUCAUUUUAAUCUGUUUGAGCGGGGCAUGUGCGUUAAAUGCGUCAAAUAUUUUAACGUGAUUAAUUAAACAAAUUAAUUACUGCCCGUUAACGCGAUAAUUCUGACAGCCCUAAUAUAUAUAUAUGUAUUGAAACUGAAAAAAUAAGAUUUGAAAGUGAAAAAUAAUUUCAUGAACAUGCAAAUAUCAAUUUUGUAACUGGAUAAAAACAUGUUUUUAUGUUUUAAAAGAUAUAAGAACAAGCCUUUAACUUUCCGUUCCAACAGUCUUUUUAAUCUUUGAUAGCACUUUAUUUGACAGUGUGUUCAUAACACUGUCAUAAGACAGUCAUAUUUAUGACAUGACAAUUAUGAGCAUUAACAAAUGCUUAUGACAAUUGUCAUAAAGUGUCAAUUUUUCUCACUAGUAACUUUUAUGUCCAGUCCACAUCUUUUACAUCCAUUUAAAAGUAACAUAUGAUAUCUGUCAUAAUUAAUUCAUACUUGUGACCGUGUCCUAUGACAAUCAUAUGACGCCGCUGUCAAAUACAGUCAUAAUGCAAUCUAUUCUCUUUUUUCAGUUCACAAUACUUUUAGCUUUGAUUUAGCUCCAUACAAACGUACCAAAAAAAAAAAACAACAACCAGCCAAUCAUAGAACACAAAACCAAAGACAACCGAGGGCCUUCUUCAGGACUCCUCCCCCUGUUCACGGCACCCUCUGCUCGGAGGUGACACCAGGGAAGAUGCCUUCUCCAUGGAAACAACCCCGCGGGAGAGGAUGCUCACGUGCGAUGCCGUGGAUACCGAACGCUGCUAUCGGGACAUUCAUUGGACCAAAAAAAAAAAACAUUUCAUGCAUUACACCAAGGAGAACAAAAUAUUAAAGGGAACAAUUUAUUGAAAGCUAUAUAUAUUAUAUAUAUGAAAAAGAAGACGGAAAGCCUGAAUAAGCAAUCUUCUACGACGGUUAGUCUAAUUAUAAUGAUAAAACUAUUUCAUUUAUUUAUUUCAGCUAUGUGUGCAGCAGUCUUUCUCGACUCAGUAAA